UUUACUGGGGUUAGUACGGUAAGCGCUCGGUCUGCCCUUUGUCUCAGUGAAAGUGCGCCGCAGCUGGACCACACUGAUUGCAGCGAUGCGGGACUCCCGUGUGUCUGUCCGCGGGGCCCGGGCAGCCCAGCGGCCGCUGCGCUCCUGGGGGGUCCUGGCCGGGGGCCGUGGGGGCGCAGGGGGUCCAUAGAGACGCAAAAAGUGUGCCGCACGGAUUUGGGUUCGAGUUUUUUAACUCGGGACCCGGAAGGAGACGCGCGGCCUGCGUGUUUCUAUGUGUGUGUGUUUGAGUGCGCGAGAGAGCGAGAGAGACGGUGCGUGCGUACGUGCGUGUUUAUGUCUGUUUGCGUGCAGUUGGAAGGAACGCGCUCGCGAGCGGAUGGGAGAUGAACUCGGGCACGCGACGCCGGACUCCGCGAGCGGCGGCGGCGGCGUUGAGGGUCGCCACGGGGCGCGAGAGGACGUCGUGGAUUUCGGCCACGGGUCCGGGAGCGUCGCAGCCAAAGUUGUCAGCGCCGACGGCCAGGACGCUGUGGACGUCGUGGGGGGCGGCGAAGGCUUCGCAAAUUACGCAGCUGACGGCUUGGAGCGGGUCACCCCGCCGGAGCGCGCGCUGGGAUUAACGCGCCGGUCCCCGUCCUUCCGUCGGGACGAGGUGGGGGAGCAGCACGUGUACUGCACGGUGUACUGCAUCGCCCAGGACAGCCACGGGAGGGAUGCGCGUGACCCGGGGGGCGGGGUGGUCCCGGAGGGGGAUGAUGAUGAUGAUGGUGGACAGGGGGGGUCCGGGGCUCCGUCCGCGUCUGAGGGGGACACGGAUCCGGACCCAGAGGAGCCCCCCGGCGUCCCGAGGGAUACCCAUUCUACGGCGGACCCUUUUUACGGCGUGGACUACAACGUGUCCGUGGUGCUCACCUGCAGGGUCUGUCUCGAGGAGCAGCGCGUGACGCCCAUGCAGUGCUGCAGGAAGGCCGUGUGCGAGGACUGCCUCCGAGCCUACAUCAGCUCCCAGGUGCACAUGGGCCGGGUGGACAUCGUGUGCCCCAUCACCGAGUGCACCGGCUACGUGGAGGAGAGUAGGAUCAUCGACCUCCUUUUCAGCGAGGAGGUGGCCAAGUACAAGUACUUCCUGGAGCUGAACCGGGUCGACUCGAACACCAAGCCCUGCCCGCAGUGCAACCUGUUCACCUCGCUCAAAGGCCGCGGCCCGCAGGCACCCGGCCGCGCUGAGCACAAGUACAAGGUCCAGUGCUCCCGGUGUCAGUUCGUGUGGUGCUUCAAGUGCCACGCCCCCUGGCACGAGGGCAUAAAGUGCAAGGACUACAGGAAAGGGGACAAGCUGCUGCGUCACUGGGCCAGCGCCAUCGAGCACGGCCAGAGGAACGCCCAGAAGUGUCCCCGCUGCAAGAUCCACAUUCAGAGGACGGAGGGCUGCGACCACAUGUCCUGCACCCUUUGUAACACCAGCUUCUGCUACCGCUGCGGCGAGAAGUACCGGCACCUGCGCUUCUUCGGCGACCACAGUUCCAACCUCAGCGUGUUCGGCUGCAAGUAUCGCUACCUGCCGGAGAAACCCCACCUGCGGCGCCUGGUUCGGGGGUCCGUCUGCGUGAGCAAGAUCCUGGUUGCACCUCUGGUCAUCGUCCUGGUCGGGGUGUUUGGAGUACUAGCCGUCGUCGUCGGUCUGGUUGCCUUCCCCAUCUACUACAUCUGUAAGAAGCGCCGGAAGCGCUCCCAGGGUUCUGGCCGCUGGUUCUGCUGACCCAGACUGGUGGCAGGGGGCCGUAGGCCUGAAACACAUGAACCCAACCCAAAACCACCCCACCGGGAGACAGAUUUCUCCAUGGGGACCCACGCUGUCAAAACGGGUCAAGAACCAAGGCGAUUCUCCCAGUUCUGACAGGAGCUGCUCUACUUGUUGCACCUUCUUUCUCCCGACUCGGAACCCAGGCGCGUGGCUUCUGGGAAGGACCUGGGAAGGUUCCAGCAGUGCUUUCCUUCACUACUUCCUCACCACCCUUUUCGCUUUGAGUGGUUCAGCAGGACUAAGAGUGUCAGCUCGAAUGCUUUUUUUUUUUUUUUUUUAGAUCUGAAAGCAUUGCGAAGGCUGAGGUGGAGGAGACUAGACAGAGGCUACGCCUGGUUUCAUAUCAGCAGAUGCAGAUGUCAUUGACUAUAACACUGUUUCCAGAAAAUAAGAGCUUUUUAAUGUUCUCUUUUAGCUGAGAAUGCUUCAAAAUGAUUUUUAGAAUCUUUAUUUUUCGCUUCAUCCUGCCCGUUUUUUUUCAUUAGACCUUCCAGAAAAGCCAAAUGAUUUAUUUAUUUCUGAUUGUGAGCCCAGUUCUUACCUGGGAUGGCCUCUGCUGUGUGUGUGUGUGUGUGAGUGAGAGAGAGAGAAAGAGAGUAGGGUAUUUGUGUUUUUGCAAAACUUUGCAUUUGUCACGAUGGGCAUCUGUGACAGCUGUUGGCUUUUCCAGAACACCAACACUUGGCUCCCUCAGCCCGUCCGACACAAAGCCGCCUUCCUUAUGUGCAUGCAGUUAAAAAUUUGAGUAAAGCCUGGAUUUGCCCUCAGAAAUGACUGCACUCAACAGCAGUCCUGGAUGGUACACUGGCUCCUCGGCUUACAAGCAGUAAGCAGUGUUAAUUUUGUUCUUAACUCCAGAGACCCAAUCAAUAAAAUAAUCAAUAGUGGCACUGGUCCAACGGUUUAUUUGCAGGUUCUGUAAAGGUCUCGGAUAUAGCAGGAAUGAGUUCUUUGUCUGGCUUUUUCAGACUUUUUUUCAAAGCUGAUUGCUGGCUGACUUACUCCAUGAACGUGCGAAGUUCCUAAUCAUGUUAUUGAUCAACACCCAGGGACGGCAGAUGUUUUUUUGGCGGGGGAGUGAUGCAAAAUGCAAGUAAAAAUGUUUGUAUCUUUGAAAACGUACAAGUCGAGGAGCCAGUGUAAUGAACUGAAUAUUCGUCUCCAGAAGGUCCCUGAAUGUUAUCAAGACAUUGAUGGAGUUUUGCAGCCUUUCAACCCGUCAGUAGAAAAUGUAACUUUUUAUUCGAUACAUGAUUGGUUUUAUUGAUCCUUUGACAUUCAUGCAGGGAUUUUUGGGGGCAAACCCACUGUUCAUCCCGAUUGUUUCUGACGGGAUGGCAGAAUCUAGUGUCUUUUAUUUCGCAAUGUUGGUUUUACAGUAAAUCAUGGGACUUUACGAUGAGCCUUUGCUCACUGCCCCGUCGUCUGCGAUAUCAUACAUGAUUAAUGACGCUUCCGCAGCCAAAUUCCAUGAAUCGAAUGUGGUUCCAUCCUCCACAAAUCCAUAGUUUGUAAGAUGUAGACUUACACUUUUCUAUGUCCAUGUGGCAGUAGAAAACCUUUUUUUCCGUGUUUAAAUGGAUACAUGUAGCAACAUAUUAGCAGCGAUAUACUAUGCACAGCAGAAAGGCAUUAAGAAUAAUAAUGAAAGUGACAAUCAGAACCUUUGUAGAUGUUCCAACGCUGUUUUUUUUUUUUUUUUCCCCCGAUGAAUAAUCCUGAUUAUGUGCCAAAUGUUGGCAGGAUUUUUGUUUUUUCAAGCGUUUCGACCUGAGCAGCAAUUCAAACGUACAGUAGGCCUAAGUACAGUACUUGGAAACGAGUGUUUUGAGUAAAUAUGUUGCCACAUUUUUUUUUGUUUUUUUUUUUUUUAAUAGGGUACUUAUACCGGGACCAUAUUGUCAACAAUGAAUGGACAUUUUUGGUUACAAAAAAAAUUCGCCUUUUCCAAUACUUCUCAGGGAAUGUUCAAGGUAUUUAAAAAAAAAAAAAAAAACUCCACUAUAUUAAUUUUCCCCCAUGUUUAAAGCAGUGUCUGUGGCUCAUUUCUCAAUAGUUUUCCAAAAGUACUGAAGCGGACGCCGGACGGCAGCGAAGUAUUGGCACCCCGUGGGCGCGCGCGCGCUUCGGAGGUGGCCCGCGAGGUUCGGCGCGUGCCGGAAAUGGCGCUCGAACUCGAACGCUUUGGUGCCUUUUUCACGGACGGGUUACAUAGGUUUCAUGUUGUGGAACGACUAACGUUUACCUGCUGACAGCCGUAGCGCUAGCACAAUGUCCACAGUCGUCUACCGGUCUUUUUUGUGCUGGUUUACGUGUAACGUGGUGGAUAUGACUGUAACACAUCCUACAGACGUGUGUGUGUGUGUGAGCGUACGUCAUGUACAGUGUUUGUGUUCUACUGUUGGUCAUAUAAUCAUGUUCUCUGCUGCACUUUAUCCCCAAAGUUGGUGUAAAUUCAACCGUUUAUUGUCGUCGUCGUCGUUUACCGCCCCCCGCAAAUCUGUGUCUCCUGAGGAGCUGUGGGCUCGCGCUCAUUAAACGGUCCUGGCGAAGGCGCCAGAACA